GGGCGUUGCCGUUGUUUUGAUUAGAGUAAUUUCUAAAAAUAAAUCACAUGGCUUUCUAAGAAGCCAAGUAGUUACUAACUCUUCAGUAAAGGCCACAAGGCCUGAGUUGUGAUAUGGAAGACCAAAAUGAAAAGCAGAGCUUACUCCAAAAAGGUGCAGACACCAGUAGUAUUGGCUCAAACAUAACAGAAGUACUCAAAAUCAACCCCCCAAGUGUAGCACUCCCUGAAGAUGUGGAGAUGGCAGCGGGUUUCAAUUGCGAGACGUUCCUGCCCUGUGACCCUCGACGAUGGUUGCAUCGGUUCCUCAUGAUCUUCCUCAUGUGCAUGCUCAGCUUUGGCAGUUAUUACGUGUAUGACAAUCCAGCUGCUCUCCAGAGGACCUUCAUUAAUGUGAUGGGCAUUGAUACUGCCCAGUAUUCUCUCCUUUACUCUCUCUACUCGUGGCCCAACGUCAUCCUCUCUAUCUUCGGAGGGUUCCUUCUGGAUAGGGUGUUUGGGAUCCGGAUAGGCACCGUGGUGUUCAGUGCUCUCAUUGUAGUGGGGCAGAUCGUAUUCGCUCUGGGUGGCUUUGUUAACAGCUUUGCAGUAAUGCUGGUGGGACGAUUCAUAUUCGGACUGGGAGGGGAGAACCUGGCAGUGGCACAGAACACAUAUGCAGUAGCAUGGUUUAAAGGAAGGGAACUCAACAUGGUGUUUGGUCUACUUCUAUCUGUAUCAAGACUGGGCAGCACAGUGAACAUGAACACCAACAACAUCAUCUACUCUGGUCUAUCAGGAAUCUCACCGAAUUAUGUCCGCCUUGGAAUUGUACUUAUGUUCGGUGCUGGCUACUGCUUAUUGUCGCUCCUAGCAGCUGUUGUCCUGGGCCUGUUUGACAAGAGAGCUGAGAGAAUCACUAAGAGGAAGGAGGCCACCACUGGUGAGAAGAUCAGCCUCAAAGACAUCAAGUCUUUCCCCCUCAUACUGUGGCUCGUCUUCAUCGUCUGUGUCACCUACUACGUCACUGUAUUCCCGUUCAUCGGACUAGCCAAUGUGUUCCUGAUUGACAAGUACGGGGUAACCACACAGACGGCUAAUGUGCUCAACAGCCUGGUGUACAUCAUGUCAGCCGCCAUCUCUCCUUUCCUGGGUGUGAUCGUAGACAAAACUGGGUUCAACCUUUUCUGGAUGAAUCUAGGGGUGGUGCUGACGCUGGGUGCCCAUGCAAUGUUUGCCUUCCUCCCUGCCACGCCCAUAUUCCCCUACAUCAUCAUGAUUAUCAUGGGCCUUGCCUAUUCUCUCCUCGCCUGCGCUCUCUGGCCUCUCGUCUCCUUUAUUGUACCAGAGUACCAGCUGGGAACUGCCUAUGGAAUUAUGCAGGCUGUGCAGAAUCUUGGCCUAGCUGUGGUAACGUAUGUGGCUGGGGCAAUUGUGGACAGUAAAGGCUACCUCAUACUGGAAGUAUUCUUCAUGGCCUGCCUCUGCAUCUGCGUUAUUGCAGGUAUUCUCAUCUACAUACUAGACUCUGGAGCAGGAGGCAAGCUCAACAUGUCUGCCUGGCAUCGUAGGAAAGUGUUGGCAGAGGAAGAGGCUCUGGAACAGAAGGAGAAAGAGGCAGCUGGCAAUGUGUCCACCUCAUCAGGUGGUAAAGACAUCUUUGAGUCUGGAGGUAGCUACAACUACACCAGUCCAUUCAAGCCAAACAGUGCCUUCCACAUUAGAAACAGACUACUCUCAAAGAUGGGAGCUCCAAUGCCCGAGCAUGUGGCAGAGGUGACCCCUUUCCUGAAGAGUUACGCUCAUGUCGGCUUCUUCAAGUAAUAACAGCUGCUCUGUGAACCAUGACUUUUGUUUAUAAUAUAGGGGUAGCCAAUGAGUGAUGUAACCUUGUUGUGCAUUGAUUACCGUACGUGUGUUUGUAAAAGUACCCCUUGUUGUUUGUUUUUUAUGUUUUUGGCAAAUUA